AUGAAGCCCUGGAUUCUUCUCCUCGUGCUUCUCACCUACGAGCUUGCGAUGUUUCUGCCUGCGCUGGGAGGCCUCAAGGACAAAAUUCCCUAUGAACUAAGAGAUACUGAUCAGUGCUGGGUACAGCCUCCAUCAUUAAGGUAUUGUGUAAAAAGAUGCACUAAAUUAAGGGAAUGUUCCUUUCCAAAUCACACAUGCUGCUGGACUUACUGCGGAAACAUCUGCCUGGACAAUGAAACCUGGCCCAAGUGCUGGCUCUCCUGCCAGGCUCACCUUCACAUGUCCAGGCUCAGCAUCAUGAAGUUGUUGGGUCUCCAGCUGCUGAUGCUCUCUGGUGUGGCAAUCCUGCCAGUUUCAGGAAGCUGGAAAGAAAAAGUAGAUUCUUCCUUUGAACUUCCACCGUACGUUGAGCCAAAGCUGAAACUGAAACCCUGCAACAAGAGCCCCACUAAUGAGCAGUGUACCAUCAAGUGCAAGCUUCACACGGAGUGUCAGCUCGGUCAUUACUGCUGCGGUGCCUUCUGCGGAGGUGUCUGCAUGCUUCUAAAGCUGAACGUGAGCAGCAAUACAGACCACAAAAUCAGCAACAUCCUGACCACCGUUCAGCCCACAAAGCACCCGCAUGUUCCUCUCCACAGCUCCAUCUUCUCCUGGAGGAAUGUCGCCCUCUUGCUGCUUUUCUUCCUCUCUUUGGAGCAGACAUCUGCCUCACCAAGCUACAGAGCCAAAAAUAAGCCAGGAGAGUGCCUCCAAGAAAGGAUCACCUGUAAUUCUAAAGCCCCAGACUUAUGCAAAACAGAUUUCAAUUGCGAUGAACACCUCAAGUGCUGCUCUUUUGCCUGUGGGAAGAAGUGCAUGGAUCCAUAUGAAGAACCCUGCUUGUUACCCUUAGACAAAGGACACUGCAAGAAAACAGUCAAGCAGUGGUAUUUUAACACCAAACAGCGUGUAUGCAAACCCUUUUUUUAUGGAGGCUGCCUUGGGAAUGCCAACAGCUUCUCCAAGAAGGAGGACUGCAUGAAGGCUUGCUCAUCAGUUGUCAAGGAUGGACAGUGCCCACUCUUCCCUUUUAAGAACCGUAUGGAGUGUUCAGCUUCAUGUAAGAGUGACUACGAUUGCCCCUUAAAUGAAAAAUGUUGCGAAUCCAUGUGUGGCUUUGCUUGUGUCAUGGCCUGGACAGUCAAAGCAGGUUUCUGCCCAAACAAGCCGCCAGUAUGCAGCAUGAUUGACAGACCCAGGUGCCUGCUGGAUGAUGAUUGCCCACUGACAGCAAAGUGCUGUUCACGCUGUGGACUAAAGUGCAUGGAACCCCUGAAAUGA